CCUCCUCUCUUCAAAAACAUUUUUCGCAGCAAAAAAUACAAAAAAAAUGCGUCGUUAAUGGCGGUGUACAGAUCUCUGAGAACCCUAAUUUCCCAAAACCCUAAGACCAAGCUCUCCAGAAUCUUCCUCACUCUCGCCUUCCCAUCUCCUAUUCCCUUAUUCCCAUCCCCAUCUCCCUCCCACUUUCUCUCUCAUCCUCCUCGCGUUCGCUCUCUCUAUCCUCUCUCCAAUUCCAUCAUCCCCUUCCACGGCCCUCUCUUCCUCUCUUCUCCUCCAUGGAUGCUCUCUCAGUCCUCCACUCCUCUCUACGUCCAAUCCGAUCUCGUUUUGCUCCCCAGAGUCCACGGCUUCAAUUUGCUCAGGCGGCCCAGUUUUCCGAUCAAUUUCGGGCUCGAAUCGGUUUCUUCGGUCCCCAAGUUGUUGAAUUUGACUGGUACGAAGGGAUCGAGUGAUAGCAAGGUCGGUGGAUUUGUGGAGAGUUUCGUGAAUUUGCCGAACUUGAUCUCGAUGAGUCGAUUGGUCUCUGGUCCGUUUCUCGGAUGGAUGAUCUUACACGAAAUGUAUAUCCCUGCAUUUGUGGGGCUGGCUAUCUCUGGAGCAACUGACUGGCUUGAUGGAUACGUGGCUAGGAAGAUGGGAAUCAAUUCUGUUAUCGGUUCUUAUCUUGACCCUCUUGCUGACAAGGUCCUGAUUGGAUGUGUUGCUUUAGCAAUGGUUGAUAUGGGCCUUCUACACCCUGGACUCGUUGGGCUUGUUGUGCUGCGAGAUGUUGCCCUCAUUGGGGGCGCAGCGUAUAAAAGAGCUAGCAGUUUGGAUUGGGAGUGGAAAAGUUGGUUUGACUUCUUCAAUAUUGAUGGGACCCGUCCGCUGAAGGUUGAGCCUCUGUUUAUUAGCAAGGUUAAUACAGUUUUCCAAUUGGUCUUGGUUGCUGCAGUUCUUCUUCAACCAGAAUUUGGAACCCUAGAAACUGAGUCGUACAUCACUUACCUGAGUUGGUUGGUGGCUUCAACGACAGUAGCUUCCACUGCAGCAUACGGAGUGCGACACCUAAGGAGCGGAUCUUUGACAAUCAAAAGGAAAUAGUAGCUGAAUCUCUGGCCUGAAUUCUAGAGCAACUCCUUUCACGGACUAGUAAAAGUCGUUGCAUUUGAACUGCAAAGUUUUCAUGGUUCUGAGAUAACUGUAGGUAAAAGGAGGCAUUUAGCUUACUUUGUUGCUAUUUAUGUCCAUUGAGGAGAGAGAAGAUAAUGCUUUUUUACAUCUAAAAGCUCCUCUCCUACAAUUUGUUCAUUGUAAAUGGCCUCUGGCAGUUGAUCUCUGGUGCAAAUUAGGUGGUGUAUGGGGGCAGAUGUCAACCCCAUUUAAGUCACGGAGAACUUUUUUUUAAUGUUUUUAGUUUCCAUUCUCAGAGAAGAAAUGCAAGGUUGUAAAGAUCAUUCUGAAUAGAUUAAGAGACAUUCUUCUGAAAUUUUUGCACGAGCAGGUGCGCGCGCGCACACAUAUAAACAGAAGUGUAAUGUUAAGGAAAUUUUUUCAAUCUCAUCUUAUUUUACUA